AUGCGUUGUUUGGUUCUCCAGGCCGUGGUCGGUGCUGCACUCGUGCGCACAUCGACUGGUCAAGAGGAGUCGCUAGGGUGUUUCGGAGACGACCGGUCCGACCGAGUGCUGACAGCGGAAUGGUCGAGCAGCUCCAUGACCCCAGCGUGCUGGUGCCAAGGACCCGACAUUGACCUCAGGCAUGGCGAUGGCACAUGCGACUAUGUCUGUAGUGGUGAUUCUUCCAUCAAGUGCGGCGGCUUCGAUUCCUUCACUCUGUAUGAGCUUGAGUCAGAGGGCCUGCCGGUUGCUCCUAUGGGCGACAACUACGUCGGUUGCUUUGCAGACGACAAGGAGGACCGCGUUCUCGGUUCCAAGAUGUCAUCCGGCUCGAUGACGCCAGAGUGCUGGUGCCAAGGACCCGACAUUGACCUCAGGCAUGGCGAUGGCACAUGCGACUAUGUCUGUAGUGGUGAUUCUUCCAUCAAGUGCGGCGGCUUCGAUUCCUUCACUCUGUAUGAGCUUGAGUCAGAGGGCCUGCCGGUUGCUCCUAUGGGCGACAACUACGUCGGUUGCUUUGCAGACGACAAGGAGGACCGCGUUCUCGGUUCCAAGAUGUCAUCCGGCUCGAUGACGCCAGAGGUCUGUGCGGCCUACUGCGCAGAUGAUUCCCCUAGCCACACGUACUACGCAACGCAAUGGGGCCGAGAGUGUUGGUGUGCACGCGAUGUUGACUACAGCAGACACGGUGAAGGCUCGUGCGACUACACAUGUACGGGAGACUCAGGCACGACGUGUGGUGGAUAUGACGCGUUUGAUCUCUUCAAGCUAGAAGAAGACUCGUUGUCCCCGCCCUCGGAGGACUACUAUCUGGGGUGCUUCGCGGACGACAAGGGGGACCGCGUGCUCGAGGACAAGAUCUCUGCCAGUGACAUGACGUUAGAGACGUGCGAGGAGCACUGUACGGCCUUGGACAAGCCGUUCUUCGCUCUUCAGUGGGGUAAAGAGUGCUGGUGCGGGGGUUGCGAACUGCAGGAUGACGACCUCGACCGCUAUGAUCGACAUGGUAUUGCCUCGUGCACCGACUACCCGUGCACCGGAGACGGUUCUCGCCAAUGUGGUGGAUACGACAGCUUUUCCCUGUACAAUCGCGACACUUGCGACGAUACCGUGUGUACGAUGGAGGUGACGGAAGCGACGACAGUGCCAACAACGCUUGGUGGAUCGUCGUUGACGGUGACAUCGUCUCUGUGCGAGUUCGACCCCUCCACCAUCUUCGAAAUCUUUGCUUUCGGCGAAGACGACCUCUUGGAGACCGUGGCCGGAGCCGUCAUCGAUGCUACUACCGCAAAGUUCACCUUGCCGCCGUUGCCCACGGAUACCACAACCGUUACGGUCGUGGCUAGUUCUACUACCGGCAAGGGAAUUGUUGGCGACAUCGUGCUGUACGAUCUCGUCAGCCUUUUGGAGUCCCCGCUCGCCAGCUUGAGCGAUACCGAUGGUGCCGCGCGCUCGUCGGUCAUCAUGGACCCUCCUUCCGACCUCCAGCUGGAUUGGGACGCCUCAUCUAUUUCGGCUGAUGCCGUUGAGAUCGUGUUGGCGCUUGUCGUGGAGGACACCGAAAGCUUUGAAGAUGUCGCUGUCUUGGACGUGGUGCCCAACACGGGUUCGUACCUCAUCCCGUCCACUGCGUUGGAAGAAUUUGACCUUGACGGCAGCUUCGUCUUCUUCAAGAUCGUCGGCAGCACCGCGAGCCCAACACGUCGUCUCCAGGACAGCGGGAUCGAUCCGAUCGUUUUCCCCGAGAUGGUGACCACGGGCCAACUGGAAUGGAUCCAAGAUCUUGAAGGGAACGAUUCCAGCACUACCCUGUGCGGAACGGCAUUUGCCGACGACUACUCGAGAUGCCAGUGCUUUUUCGCAGCGGAGAAAGUGAAGGAAGGCCGCGGUGUGCAGCUCGAUACGUUCGAUGAGGAAUUCCGGUGCCCUUCGAACAUUGAAUGCAUCUUGGAAGCACCGCCAGGGCUCGUCACGGUAUACGCGAAAGGGGGAAGUUUCACGUUUGAAGACCUGAAUUCGGGUUCCUUGAUCAGCGGAUGGAAAAACGAUCUAGCGUGCCCCUUCGGGAGCUGCGAGUUCGACUCCGCUGGAGACGACCGAGAACUCUUGUCGUGUAAACGAGAUGGCGUCACGGCGUGGAUCUGGGACAAAACGCUCGGUAAAACACUUGCCCCGGCAUGCGACCUACACCCCGGAGCGGCGUUCUGUGUGCGUUCAAACGAGGCCACGAGUGGUGGCACCAACACCGGCAUCGGCAACCAGUGCUGCUACGACACGGCGGGAGAUAUACUGGUUGACGCAGUUGAUGGCGGAGGCACCGUCGACCGGCACGAAUCGGAACUCGGCGCGUUUGGUGACCACAAGACAGAGGACACGUUGCCGUUCGACUGGUGCUGCGGUGGCGGAGAAUCGGUCAACUCCUGGCUGUGUCAGCUGUAUAUUGAAAUGAGACCCGUAGACGCCGGCGACGGAUACACCGCAUCGCUGCCUACUUGUUCGGCGGCACCAGCGGGCGGCGACAUCGUGUCCAUGACCCUACCAUUUUCGGUGCAAGUGCCAGACCUAGCUGAAUCAAGCGUUGACUUCGGCCUCCUCGUCGAUGUGUCCGGGAGCUAUGGGGACGAUAUCGACAACCUUCAGGUCUUGGCUGCGGAUCUGGUAGAAGCAUUGUCAACGGACAGUGCCGGCGUGGACGUCGUUGAUAAUCGGCUGGCGCUCGGCAGCUACUCCGACUUCCCCGAGGUGGGGUCCCCUACCGACUCUGCAUACACGGAGCUAAAGCCGUUCGGAAACUGCGGCGAAGGGACGGAAGAGGAAAUUUCCACAUGCUUUGAAGAAGAGCGCACAAGCUUCAUUAACGCCGUCGAUUCUCUCGAGUUAGGAUAUGGUGGAGAUGGACCGGAGAGCCAGACCGUUGCGCUCGUCAGCGCGGCCGAGGGAUGGGCCUGGCGGGACGCCGCCCUCAAGAUCCUUGCCCUCAAGGCUCCUGGGGCGAGCGACGAGAUGGACACGGUUGCCCUCGGGACCGGUGGAGUCGUGGAGACGACUGCGAGCGACUCCUCGGACAUCGUGGAGAAGAUUCUGGAGGGGAUCGAGGCGGUCACGUACAACAAGGUCGAUAUCGAAUGGGCCUGCAGGGAUUCGGACUUUGAAUUGAACUCCUGGGAGCACACGCAAGUCCCCAGCGAAGGUCACGAGGACGUUGAAGGCGGCGUGGAGUUGGAGUUUUCCGUGACUGUGUCCGUGCCUGCCAGUGUCACCGCCGGCAAACGAUGCGUUGCUCUUGUGGUGGCUGAUGAGGUGCUCAUCGGUGGUCAGGAGUUUAUUGCCAACGCGGACGGAACCAUCACCGCCACUGCCAUCACCGCUUCCUAGUCCGGCAAUAGUGUACCGACAGCACGCCAACAUGGAAGAUGUUCGCCCUACCUAGUGAAGUCUGCUUGGGGACGUUUGAACCGAUGAAAUAACGUGGGCACACGCGAUCGGUUGCGAUUCUCUUGGCGUGCCCCAGGUUAUUUUUUCGGAACUGUCUGUGUGCUCAAGCGCAUCUUGAACAAGAACUUUGCAGGAUGGAACUAAGAGGGUGAUUGAUUGGCGGCGCAAAGCUCACUUGGGACUCCCGAGCAGCGAAACUGAAACACUAGCUGUACAAUUGGGUCAUUGCUAGCACUGCUGCCGGCAAUCAAGGGGGGGGAUGCAUGUCAUGCUGAGGCCAUGACCUUCUCCGCAGUUCUAGCGGACGUUCGGGUUUGGAUUUCUAUUCUGUUCCACGUUCUCCGCGUUUUAGCUGCCGAAAAUGAGGGGGAAUCCCCAAAUAUUUGUUUGUUUGCGAUUCCGCGUUUUACCUGCGGAAAUGAGGAGACCUCCAUCCACAAUUUCUUGUUUGUUCGCGAUUCCGCGUUAUACCUGUGGAGUUCAAUCGGUAACUUGAUAUUCGUUUGAUUUCUCGUUGUUAGGAUUCGAGAGUUGAUUCCUACAUAUAUUUAGAGCUCUAGGACAGAUUGAGUUCCAUGGUAGGAGAUAUGUCAAAUUGUCAAUCAAUAUACAUUCUGUACGCGUUUCUUGCGGUUAAGACGCAGUAUUCGAUGGACUGGAUUCUUGUUUUUUGGAGAAAUGCAACAGGGGGCUGUUUAGCUUUUAUGUUUUGGGAGAUGGCACAGCAGGAGGGCUGUUAAGAAAUCCAUGUCUCGAUGUUUGGGGCACGUUAUGGUAAGAUAUGGUUGAGGCCUAUGUGCUUCCGAAGCUUAUUUGAAAUUGGUCAAUGAGUUGAAACAUCGUUUUGUGCGAGGAUUCUCUUCGAAGUAUUAGUUGACGCGUUUGGCCGGAGUUGUCCAGAGUCUUUAUAACGUGGCUCUGAUGUAAUGUUAUCUCUGCGAGUAUUUUUCCAAGUACGAUUCUUUGUUCUUGGCUACUUGGGAAUUUGGUGGUUACAUUUUCUUGAGAGGGGUGAUUGUUAAGACUCUUAGAGUGGAAAAUAUUGAAAUUCGAUAAAUCCGGCAGUUGAGAUCAUUUGCGGACAUAUUAGGUUGAUGGGGGGUUUUGUUGCCGUUUUACCUGGCGAUAUGUACGGAGGGUCUCGUAGAUCGUGUCGUGCCCGCGACCGUGAUAACGCAAUACAGCAAUACAGAAGAUGUCACGGGUUGCUGAGCACGCAAGAAGUUUUUAAACGUUUUC